AAACAAUUUCAUUCAUCAUUUGUACGCAGGACUCGCAUAAGGACUCGUUUUCAUUUGCGAAAAGAGGAAAGAAACGGGAGUGCUUCUCAGUGUGCUUGUGUAUGCGUGCGGUUGUGUAUGUUCGCGUGCUAUUGCUCGUUUCCACAUUUUCAUUUUUCACUUGGAGCCAAGAGCUGUAGAUAACCGAAAGAAAAAUCAAGCCAAAAUUCUGAAGUCAAAAAAAAAAAAUAAAAAAUCGCUGAAAAAUCGUAUAUAAAUUAACAUUUAUAUAGCGUUCCAUCAAAUACCACACUGAAAAUGAUCAAUCCGUUGAAGUUUCUGUGUAAAAGAAAAUGGGAUUCGGUGCGUUAUGAAUUCUUAAUCAUCACAAGUAUACUUUUCUCGUUAAUGGUUACAUAUUGCCAAGGACUACAAUUGAGCGCAUUUACAACCAAAACGCCAAGGGUUACCAGAUACACGACGAAAUCGCCUUCGGCUUCGUCUAUGAAUCAUGAUGCCACAACCUCCAUUUAUCGCUUUAAUGCCACCAAUGGCAUCACCUGCAUCCUGAUUAGUGUCGAUGGCCUUAUCAGCAUUAAAUACCGCAACAAACUGAACGAGGAUGUGGAAGCUGAUCUAUAUCUGCCCGAUAAUCCCGUCUUAAGCGGGGAGUGUGUGGAAUCGAAUAUGGAGAUUCUAUCACUAGAGUUCAAAGGCUUUAAGCUUUCAAUGACUUUCAAAAAGUCAUCUGGAGGAGAGGGCUGGUAUAUCAAUCUCUUCGAACUUUCCUACUCAUCAUCAAAUGCUCUCUUUGAACAUCCGGAUCGUCCAAAUUUAGAUGUUAAGCUGACAUCGCCCUCGCAUACGCCCAUGUAUUUCCCAACACCGGUGGGCAAAUCCUAUGUCUGCGAUAAGGAGCAAACAGUGGUGAUGCAUGCUCCCUUGGAUUCGGAUCAGUCGGGUCACAUUGCUCGCCUUUAUUUGCGUGAUAUGCAUAUGCAAAGUUUCAUGUUCAAGGAGAGUGGUAAGUGGGGACCACCAUUCCAUUGCAGUGCCACCGGUUCGUAUAGGGAUGAAACGGCACCCUUGGCAGUGGGCACAGCUUUGGCGAUAGCUGUGCUCUUAACCAUCUCAGGCUAUGGGGGCUGGAGAUAUUUCAAAAUCAAAAAGGUUCAAUACGGCACUAUGGAGUAAAAAUCUUUAUUACAUAAACUGAUAACAAAUCUUUAAUUUAAACCCAACAUCAACAAAGAAAAACAAGUUUUGAAGAAAAUAUUGCGGGGAAAGUGUGUGUGUAAAGAUUAUUUAUUUAAGUUAUUAAAUAUUGUUUUUUUUUUUUCUUUAACAAAAAAACAAAACUUAAGAUUGUCUUAUUUCGAUUAUUUCCAAAAAAAGAUACAAAAAUUUAAAAAAAGAACCUAAAAAAAACAAAUAUAAAUGAAACCACAUUAAAUACAUAAUUAUAGUAAAAUGAAUUGCAAAUGUCUUCCAUAUUGUUAAAACUAAAUAAAUAUAAUAUUUAAUUAACAAAAUAUUUAAGAGAGCUAAAUUAAUUGACAAAAAUCUACACAACACACUGAAGAGAAAAAACAACUACAAACAUAUCGCAUUACGAUAUGUCAGAAUGAGACAAAAUAUGAAAAAAGAUGAAACACAUUUUUACUCAAUUGUUUCCUCAACUAAAUAAUGAUUUGUUUAAACUCCAUCGAAAAACAAUUUUUUUUUUAAAUAAUUUGGCACUUAAUUUCAUCAAGAAUCUAACACUUUUUCAAUAAUCUCGAUGUUGUUAUUUCAAUUUAAAACCAACAAAAAAGGACAAUGAAGCGAAAACCAACUAAAGAAAAAAAAAAUAAAUAAAUAA